AGAGACAGAGUGGCAGGGAGAGGGAGAGUACAGACUCAGCUGUUCAUGGAUCUCUAGCAGAGAGAACCAGGACCAGGACCGAACCAGCCUCCAGCAGUUGACACCGAUCAUGGAAUCCACACCCCGGGGAGCGAGCGGCGGAGCGGCAGUCAGUCUGGAAGCUCCUGACUCUAGCCACUUCUCGGGUUUGUGGCCCCCUCUGGUUCUCUGAAGCCGGCGGAGGAACGUCACCGGAAGCCCAGGCUCUGGCUCAAUAGACUGUGUCCGAGUGUGUGUGCAUCGGACAGGAAGAUCCCGUGCCAUAAAAGUCCAUGCGUCCCACGGAGUUUUGUUUUCGGGUCAGAACCAGGCACAAUCAGCGCGGCGUCAUUUAUUUAAACUGCAGCGGAGCGCAGCGGGAAGGAUGCGGAGUUUAUUCCUGCUGUGUGUGCAGCGCUGUGCGUGGAGCAAAGCGAAACGGAUCGGCGUGAAGAGGAGAGACUUUCUACUUUCCUGAAGGUUUGUGUGCAAAGCCACAGAGGUCUUUUGUUGAAGAACUAUGGUCAGGUCAUGACGAGAAGAUCCCCAGGCAUGCAUACAGCUUCAUCAGUGCUCGGCACCAAGCUCUGAAUUCUACUUGGCUAACAGAUGGAGAAAAUGUGAUGGACUUUAUGAACCAUCUCAGAAAUGGGUGGGUGUGGUAAUUAGUGUAUUCACAUUUUUUGCGAACCUCAGGACAACCAAUUACUGAGGAAUUGCUGAGGACUUUUUGCAGGACCAGGAUGGACACAAUGUUUAAAUCUUAUGAUUCUUUUGCUGGAAUUCUUGAUUCUUAUUAUUUUCUUAAAUCCUAUAGUUACUUUCUUUAAUGUUGCUCUAUUGAACCAUAUGAAAUGGAGAUACUGUGGCAUUUAUGGAGUAAGGACUGGACCUCCUUAGUAAGACCGUGGAUUCCCAUACUGCUGGGCCUUCAUCUCCAGUUCUUACAAGCCUCCAACUGUCCCGAAGAGUGCCGCUGUGACCGUACCUUUGUUUACUGCAAUGAGCGGAGCUUGACCUCAGUGCCUCUGGGAAUUGGUGAGGGCUACAAGACCCUCUACCUCCACAACAAUCUGAUCAAUAACGCUGGCUUUCCCCUAGAACUGCACCAUGUGGCCUCUGUGGAAACUGUGUAUCUCUAUGGCAACCAGCUUGACGAGUUCCCAGUUAACCUGCCAAAAAAUGUAAAGGUUCUCCAUCUGCAGGAGAACAACAUUCAGACCAUCACUAGAGCUGCUCUGGCUCAGCUUCUUCAGCUGGAGGAGCUGCAUUUGGAUGAUAACUCCAUUUCUACUGUUGGAGUGGAAGAAGGGGCAUUUCGGGAAGCUUUGAGCCUAAAGAUGCUAUUCUUGACCAAAAACCACCUGAGCAGCGUGCCUAUUGGUCUCCCAGAUGACCUGAAGGAGUUAAGGUUGGAUGAGAAUCGGAUCGCAGUCAUUGCAGAGGAAGCAUUUCAGAAUGUCACCCAGCUGGAACGCCUGCUUUUAGAUGGAAACCUGCUGACAGAUGAAGGGAUCACACCUGGGACUUUUCAAGCCCUGGUCACCCUAAGGGACCUGUCUCUAGCACGGAACUCGUUAACUUACCCUCCCCCGUUCCUCCCUGGGGAGAUGCUUGUUAAGUUAAACUUUCAGGAAAAUCAAAUAAGUAAGAUCCCUGUGAAAGCACUGGCAGGUUUACACAGGCUGGAGAAGUUAGAUCUUUCUAGCAACCAGCUACAGAUGCUGGGGAGGGGCGUCUUUGAUGGCCUUGGAAGUCUCAGGCAGCUCACCGUCCGGAACAACCCGUGGCUCUGUGAUUGUGGCAUGCAUUGGGUGGUGUCAUGGCUCAAAUCUCUUCCUGCAUCGCUGAAUGUGCGUGGGUUCAUGUGCCAUAAACCUGAAAAGUUCCGAGGUAUGGUGAUCAGAGAGCUGAGUGCUGACCUGGUCCAUUGCUCAGAAGCUGCUUCAACAGCUGACACUGCUCUGAUUCCAUCCAUUUCCAUUUCCACAGACUUCCCUUUGGUUACUCGACAUGUUUCCUCCUCUAAACGACCCCUAACCACACUACCCACCCUCUACACUAUCUACACAACCAGGGAGGAUGGACUGAGGACUAAGCAGCCUCUACAGGUCACUUUCACCAUAUUAAAUGGGUCAGAUAUCCAUGUACGCUGGUUGGCCUCUUUUCCAGUCACUGCCUACAAGGUGACCUGGGCCAGGAUGGAGCCCAGUUUGACCGGAGACACGGUCAGAGAGAGGAUAGUGGGUGGGGAUCAUCGGGGAAUCCGACUGACUAAUCUUGAGCCCAAGUCUACCUAUCGGAUCUGCAUUAUUCCCUUGGAUGCUUUCAAUAAUUACAGGCCCAAGGAUGACACUGUGUGCACCGAGGCCGUGACAACUGCUGCCUUUUUUAGCCCAGAUAACAACAACAGGAGACGUUCUGGGCUUGAGCAGGCAACGCAGCCAGAGUCUGGCUCACCACUCCUGCUGGCUGGGCUCAUUGGUGGGGCUGUGAUUGUCGUGUUGGUGGUCCUGCUCAGUAUCUUCUGCUGGCACAUGCACAAGAAAAGUCGCUCGGAGUGGAAGUACAACCGGGGACGUAGAAAAGAUGAUUAUUGUGAGGCUGGCACCAAGAAAGACAACUCUCUCCUGGAAAUGACUGAAACAGGCUUCCAGAUAAUGUCGCUCAACAACGAGCAGCUCAUCAAGGGAAAUUUUCGCAUUCAGCCUAUCUACAGCCCUAAUGGGGGUCUAAGCUUUAGAGACUCCCCCACAGUGAACAACAGCACAAUGUACUGCAAGAACAAUGUCCAGGAUCAUGACUCAUGAUGGUUCCAGAAACCAUCAGGAAUAUUUUUCCUGAAACUUCUCAGACUUUUUUGAACUCUGUAAAGUUCAUAUGUUUUAAAAAGCUAUGUCUUCAAAAUUGUAAUUUAUACAGUUGACUUGACCUUCUCUUUUACAUAACAUUGUUGGAUUUAUAGGUUCUUGUUUUAUGACGUUGUGAUGUUGCAGUUCUGUGCACAAACACAUUGAAAAGAAACAAAACAUUUGUUUAUCUUUAAGAAUUGAGGAUGGCUUCUUUUACUGCUAUUAUGUAAGGUUUUUCCCUGCGACCCACUAUGGAAUAAGAGGAAGAAAAUGACGGACUGACUGUCAGGAAACUUGGAUGGAAUUGGAGGAGAACAUGUUCACCACUAGAGGGUGUAGGUUUCCUCUUAUGAGCUCUGUGAAGCUGAGGUCUGGUAAUAUUUUUAGAUCCCCGAAGAAUGUUGAACCAUAUGCAAACCAUUUUCUCUCUAUUUCAGGAAGAAUUUUAAAGGUCACAAUUCAUUAAACACUAAGAAAGUGACAGGCUGCAGAGCUUUCACUUGCAUCUCCAUUUUAAUACAUCAUCACAGCAAAAAGGGUCUUGUUAUCAGCAUUUGCUGUGUUUGGUGGGGGUGUCACAAAGCGAGGUGCAAAAAAGCACAACCUCUGAAUGUUUAAUCUCCUGGAAGCAAAAUCUUUGUUUUGUGUUCAAUACUGACCAUUUUUCAGCAGAACAAUUUAUAAAUGUGCCUUGAAGAUAUCAGCUUAAAAUGUGUUUAACAUCCAUAUUUUUGCACAAGAUGUAUCCUUGUAUAUACAAUUUAAUGGAUUAUUGUGAGUUAUACUUGCUUUUCUUUAUUUAUUUAUCUCAUGACACAUUUAAAUAAAACAUAUCUCCAAAUGGGAAUUAAUUUCAAA